AUGGCUCUCCAUACGCAUUAUCUUGACAUCUUUCGCCUCACUUCCGAGCAUUGUCGCUGCUGCAUAGAAUCGCUCCCGUACCUUGAAUCAUUUGUUAGCUAUAUUGUUCCCCACAGCUCACAUCAUUAUACGUGGGUACCAGCGCACUUUUCUCAGAGAUGGAGGUAUGGCUCUCAUCAACGUAUGCGGAACGUUGGAAGCGUCGAAAUGCUCGCUUACCACAUUAUUCCUGACAAACGCAACAAUGACUCUCGAUAUCUUUGCCAUUCUGCAACUUUCACCUCUCCUUUGCAUGGGAGCGGGUAUAAUUUUGUUUCGCAGUUGGAGACCUUCGAUGUUUCGAUUAGCGAAGAAAAUGUUCGCCAAGAUAUGCUCGUUGGAUUCAUCUCGCCUAGGCUCGUAGACAUGGUCCUGUCCAGAUGCUCUAAGAAAGGUAGAUCGCUACUAAAGGAGGUAAAUGUCGAUAUCACUGUGCGAAGGCUCGAUGAUAAACUAUGGCACAUGAAUACGGAUCGGAUGCAGGAGUUGAGGCAAUGCAGAGAAAACGGAGUCUCCAUAAACAUUUCGGUCCAGGACAGAGAAGAACGAGUGUGGAAUUAUGCGUGA